GUUCUCCUCACACAUAUUGCUUUUAGAUUAGGGAAUCCCGGAAUUCAUACCUAUUUUACCCCAGAUUAUAGAGAAAGCUAUGAGCUUGGUAGAUUGGUACUCAAUUCCCUGGGGGCCCGUGGACCGUAACGCAGGGGAAGCUUGGGGGGAGGGGGACUUUUUGUUAUAAAGAGGUUGCGGGGGGAUCAUCCGUGGGCGCUUUCUGUGGGCUUGCUACGAUUCUUCUUCUUCUCUAUUUAUUCGAAUACCCAAGGGACUUUGUAAAGGUACGGAAAGAAUAAUGAGGUACUCGUCCUGUUUGUUUGCUGCGUCGGCGGCGGUGUCUGCUGUCUAUGCUGCACCUGAACCGGACGCGGAUGGUCGAUACACAAUUGAGGCAGAGGGCAUUCGAGCUCAGUUCAUACCCUACGCCGCAACUUUGACAAAUCUCUAUGUCAAGGAUAAGAACGGUGUCGAGCGCGACAUUGUGCUCGGCUAUGACAACACCUCGUUUUAUCCCGUCGAUCCGGGCCAUCCCGUUUACAAUGCCAUUCCUGGACGUUAUGCCAACCGAAUUGGCAACGGUACCUUCACGAUUGACAACACGACAUAUCACACCGUGAAGAACGAUGGCCCGAACACGCUCCACAGCGGCCCCAACAACUGGUCGUUCAACUUCUGGAAGGUCGGCAAGGUGACCAAGAAGUCCAUCACCUUCACGUACCACGACCCAGCCAACAGGACAGUCGGCAUGCCCGGUGCCAUCGACGCCAGCGUGACCUACUCCGUCUCGAAGAACAAAUGGAACAUCGAGAUCGACGCUGCGUCCCUCGACGUCAAGACCCCCAUCCAAGUGACACAGCACACCUACUUCCAGCUCGACGCCUUCUCCAACCCCAACGGCAACCGCACGAUCUGGAACCACACCCUCCACAUGCCGUAUGCCAAGCGCGUGAUGGUCGCGGACGCCAACGCCCUCCCCACCGGCGAGAUCGCAAAGGUGCCCGAGAACGCCAUCGACGACUUCUGGUCGAAGCCCCACCAGCUGGGCUUCGCGUCCGGCAACAGCAACUUCGAGAACCACUGCGGCGGCGGCUGCCACGGUUACAACGGCAACUGGGCGCACGACGACGACAGGCCGAGGGACGCGGUCGUCGCGACACUCGCCAGCGCCUGGAGCGGCAUCAAGGCCGACCUCAGGACCAACCAGGACGGCAUCGUCAUCUACACUUGCAACUGGAACGACGGGAAGUCUGAGUUCAAGGACACCCAGGGCACUGGCAAGGCCAACCAGACGGAUAAGUUCAUCCCCAGGGAUGGCUGCAUCGCCAUUGAGUCGCAGGACUAUGUCGACGGAAUCAACCAUCCUGAGUGGGGUCGUCUUAAGAAGCAGAUCUUCGGUCCUGGUGACAAGUAUCACUGGCAGUCGUCUUGGACUUUUGGAACGCUUUGAGCGAGGGUAGGUCAUUGGAUUGGCGGCGUCUAUGGGGGUUCGUGAUGAUUAGUUCAAGGAGGCGGAAGAGAGGUUUACUUGGCCGGUCAGAAUAGGGACCUUGUAAAUGGAAAUAGAAGUCCCUAACCAUGAGCUCUUGGCCCACCGAUGUGAAUGCAAAUG